CCCCCCUUUUUCUUUCGUGUCGAAUUGUCGCGAUAGCAGAGAGCCUUCCCCCGGAAGGCCCCUCAUACCCCAGGCGUCAUGGCGGACGUCCGGUCCAAGAACGUUUACGAGCUUCUUGGCAAUGACCCUGAACUCGACCCUAACAGACCCCCCGCUCCCCCCGCAAAGGCUGUCGACAGACCCGCUCCCCGACAUGGAAAGCGUGAUGCUCCCAAGGAGCCUGUGAGCCAGCCCCGCCCCGAGACCAACAACCGUCGUGGCGGUCGUCCUGGCGGCAACGAGGCUGCUUUCCGUGACCGCAACGCUGGCAGAAACAGCAACCGCGAGAAGCCCACUGAGGAAGGAGCUGCCCCCCCUCAAAGACGCGGCGGUGACCGUGGUGGCCGCCGUGGCGACCGCCAGUCCCGCUCCGGCCAGACCGACACCCGCAAGCAGGUGAACCAGGGCUGGGGUGCCCAGAGCGGUGAGAAGGCUUUGGACGACGAGAAGGCCGCCGAAGACAUCGCCAACAAGGACGAGAACGAGCCCGAGACUCCCGCCGAGGAUGCCGAGGCCGCUGACAAGUCCAAGUCUUUCGCCGACUACCUGGCUGAGAAGGCCCAGCAGGACGACCUCCGCGCCAAGCCCGUCCGUGCCGCCAACGAGGGCAGCAAGCUCGACAAGAAGUGGGCUGAGGCCAAGGAGCUGAAGGACGAUGGUGAGACCGAGUACAUCAAGGGCAAGGAAGAGAAGGGCAAGCGCGAGAAGCAGCGCAAGGAGAAGAACUUCCUUGACGUCGACCUCCGCUUCGUCGAGGCCCCCCGCACUGGCGGUAACGGUCCCCGCGGCCGUGGCGGUCGUGGCGGUGCUGGCCGAGGCGGUGCUCGUGGCGGCCGUGGAAACGGUCCCCGUGCUGGUGGUGAGCGCGCCGCUCCCGUCACCGUUGACGAGAAGAACUUCCCCAGCCUCGGCAACUAAAUUCCCCAAAAAUUGACGGGUGGAAAUUUCUUCUUCCUUUCCUCCCCUCCCCCUUGUUCUCAUGUUAUCCCUCCAAGUUGACACGAUAUGGAUGGCGGGACGAAACUAUCAAAUUCAAUCUUGUAUGGGUUGAAACGGGCCUAUGUAAUUUGAUUUGAAUGUCAAAAAA